ACCCAGUGCGCAGUGACGUCACAGCUGUGUUUGUUUCGGGGACAAGGGCGCGAGAUAGAAACUGCAAAGCGCGUUUCGUCCCAGCUGAUUGUACCCAGACAGCAGAGCUCAGCUCAACCAUCCAGCCUCCUGCUACAUUAAAAUAAUCACGCAGCGGUGAACGUCGGGAUAUUUUCUAUUAUAUUUGAUGCACAUGACGUGCAGCGGCGGCCUGGAGAAUCACUGGGUGACCGAAAACAGAGGGAAAUGUCCUGUUGGCCGCGCGGUGAGGAUGGAGACGAAGCCAUGCAUCAGGAUACUGAUUCUGAUGUGGCCGAGCAGAAGGAUGGAGGGAAGGGGAAGGUGAAGUGGACCCAAGGGGAGGAUGACAAGCUGAAAGCACUGGUUCAGAAACUGGGAUCAAACGACUGGAAACACAUAGCCAGCUUCAUCCCAAAUCACACAGAACAGCAGUGUCAGCACCGCUGGUUUAAAGUCCUGGAUCCAGAACUGGUUAAAGGUCCCUGGACCAAAGAGGAGGACGAGAAGGUCAUAGAGCUUGUGAAUCUGUACGGCAACAAACAGUGGGCAAUGGUGGCCAAACAUCUGAAGGGCAGGCUGGGUAAGCAGUGCAGAGAGCGCUGGCACAACCACCUCAAUCCCAACGUGAAAAAGUCAUCAUGGACGGCUGAGGAGGACCUCGUCAUCUACAAGUCUCACUGCCUGCUGGGAAACCGCUGGGCCGAGAUCGCGAAGCUUCUACCCGGAAGGACAGACAACGCUGUGAAGAAUCACUGGAAUUCCACCAUCAAACGCAAGCUGGAGAUGGGCUUCUACGCUCGAGAGGUGUUCAGACCAAAUGAGCUUGAAGAGCUGUUGGCGCACUUGAAUAAAGACGUGCAGGGCGCCAGCAGCUCUCAGGAUGCUUCAAACAAAGAAACAGACCAGAAAGCCCACCUCUCAGAAACGCCAGCUCCGGUCGCUGCAUCUCCCAGUGAAGCAGAGCCGUCCAAAGCCGUCUCCUCACCGAAGGACAGUUCAAGCAUCAAGACUGAAGAGGACACCAGCGAGGAGUCGAGCGGUACCAACUGGGUGGUGGACAGCUCCGGGUUUCUUUCCCCUACUGGCCCCACGCUAAAGGAAGUGCUUGACCUGGUGGAUGGGGACUUGGAUGGUUGGUGUAACCUGGCGGCCUUUGACCUGCCCGAGGACAGCCCCAGCCCAGAACGGCACCAGUUCCGCCUGGAGGGCAGCGCCCUGCAGGAGCUAAGCAAGGGCAGCAAGGGAGAACUCAUCCCCAUCUCACCCGGAGGGAUCAGCCCACCGGCCAUACUCACGCGCCGCACCCGGAGACGCGUCACGUUGUCACCAGAUAGCGGUCACUCUAUGACACCAAAGAGCACGCCCGUCAAAAUCCUGCCCUUUUCUCCAUCUCAAUUCCUGAACCUGUGGACGAAGCAGGACACUCACGACCUGGAAAACCCCUCCCUUACGUCCACACCAGUGUGUAGUCAGAAGGUCAUUGUGACCACGCCGCUGCAGCGAGACAAGACCCCACUCACCCAGAAAGAGAACUCAGUGUUUGUUACGCCCAACCACAGGUCCGAUCUCUGCACAACCCCACGGACUCCAACACCGUUUAAAAAUGCCAUGGAGAAGUACGGGCCGCUGCAGCCUCUGCCUCAGACUCCAAACCUUGAAGACGACAUCAACGAUGUCAUCUUGAGAGACGCGGGAAUAAACUUGGUUGUUGUCCAGGCGACGCCGCCUGAUCAGAGGCGCAAAACAACGCAUCGCCCCCCUAUGAAGAAAGUACGGAAGUCGCUGGCUCUAGACGUCAUGGACUGCCAGGUGAUGCCAACAUCCAAACGCAAAUCCAGCAAAGCUGAAGCCAAACGCACCAUCAAGGAAGAACCUGUUACAGUUUGUCUCAACUCCUCGUCGUUUUGCAGCAAGAGGCAUGAAAACAUAUUAGACCAGGGUUUCCUGUUGGGACCAAGUGACACCAGCAUAUUUCCAAGUGCAGUGCCUCCUGCACCUAUGUCAAAAGAAUGGAAGAAGGUCGUUUGCGGGCAAACUAAAGAUCAGCUCAUAAUGACGGAGAAAGCAAGACGCUACCUCCGUUCUCUAAAGAGCCACCCUCCCAGCCGGGCUCUGAUUCUGUCCUGAGAUCCGUCGUUAUAGAUGACUGCUCCGCAAAAAGCCUCACUUGUCAUUAUUGUUGAUCAUACUUACUAGAAAAGAACAAUGAAAGAAAGGGUAACCAAUCAAGGGUAAAGUCUUGUUGUCAGUGAAAAGUCAGGGUUUUACAUUGCAUAAUGUAUCUGAAAUGUAACAGUUUUGUAAUGUUGUGAACUACAAACACUCAGGUAGCUCCUCCAUAUCUAGUCAUUGUAUGGAGAACAUGUAGACUGGUUGAUCAGUAGUAGGUUGAGGGAUGAUGUAGUUUUAAGACCCCCUCCCCUAUGUGGGGAGAAACCAACAUGUUGCAAAGAUACAUGAAUAACUCAUGAAUAAAGCUGACCCAUUCCCAAUUAUUAAGAAAAGAAAUUAGUUCAGCCUUGUAAGUUUUAUGCUACUGUCAUAAAGCAGAGAACUUCAUUGAGCACUGUUGGAAAGGCUGACUUGUUAUUUGGCACUCUAAAUAUAUUUAGUGUAAUAUUUUACUCUUCUGACAUUUUGUCAUGAGUUGCAAUAAAAAUUGUACUCAGCA